UGGUGAACACAAACAUUGAGAGGUUUCGCAUUGCAAUGCUGAUCUCGUCCUCAAGGAAGUGAUUGGUGCUCCGUAGGCUUAGUUUUAUGUUGAGACUAGUUCAGUAUGUUGUCUGGUGGAGAGAUAAUUUUGAAGUGCAUUUACUUAUUGCUUUCGCUGGCUUUCAAUCGUAUAUUGAGACCUAACUUUUCAAAAUGAUUUGAUUGUUAGAAGACGGGAGAAUGACUUAAAAAUGUAAAUUGAACGGAAGGGUAGUGACCGUUGGAUUUGAAGAUAUGUCUCAACCAGGGAAAAAGGGAGGAGGAAAGGUUCCUCCUAAAGAGAGUAAAACUGAUGAGAAUAAGGAGAUACCUGCCAAAGCCGGAGCCAAGGACCCGAAAGACAAAGAAAAAGAAGAAACCUCCAGCAACCCCGAUGGCGAGGAAGGCACCGCCUCCAAGCCGCAGAGCGCCGGAGCCAACACCAGAGAUGCCGCUCAAAGGAUCCUCUCGCUGUGCCAGAAGGCCGAAUGGGCGCCCAUCGACCAGAUCCUCAAGGCCAUGGAGAAGGCCAUCGCCAAUGCGGGGGAGGAGGCCAACAGCGUGCCCUUGGCUGGGGUCCUCGAUUUGGCUACCGGGAUGACACCUCUCAUGUAUGCCGUCAAAGACAAUAGAACGUCUCUGAUUGAGAGAAUGAUCGAUCUAGGAUCUGACGUGGGAGCCCGGAACAACGAUAACUACAAUGUUCUCCACAUAUCUGCAAUGCAUUCCAGGGAAGAUGUCGUCAAAUUGCUACUGACAAAACGUGGAGUGGAUCCUUACUCAACAGGAGGUAGUAGAAAUCAGACGGCUGUACACCUGGUAGCUUCGAGACAAACAGGAACUGCCACGGCUAUCCUGAGAGCUCUACUUCAGACUGCAGGAAAAGAUAUCAGGCUGAAAGUGGAUGGUAGGGGUAAAAUCCCAUUACUACUCGCAGUCGAAGCUGGGAAUCAAUCCAUGUGCAGGGAGCUACUCAGUGCACAGACUGCUGAGCAGCUCAAGGCCCAGUCUGCAAAUGGAGACACGGCACUCCAUUUGGCAGUCAGGCGGAAAGAUAUCGAUAUGGUCAGAAUAUUGGUCGAUUAUGGUACCAGCGUCGACAUUCGCAAUGGUGAAGGGCAAGCUCCGCUUCAUAUAGCUGCAGCAGAAGGAGAUGAGAUCUUGGUGAAAUAUUUUUAUGGUGUGAGGGCGUCAGCUAGUGUCACCGACAAUCUGGAUCGAACACCAAUGCAUCUUGCGGCUGAGAAUGGCCAUGCCAAUAUCAUCGAGCUGUUAGCAGACAAAUUCAAGGCAAGCAUCCUUGAAAGAACGAAAGAUGGCUCAACAUUGAUGCACAUAGCAUCUCUGAACGGUCACGCGGAUUGUGCGAUGAUGCUGUUCAAAAAAGGAGUAUAUCUUCACAUGCCAAAUAAAGAUGGAGCAAGGAGCAUACACACGGCAGCAAGAUACGGCCACGUUGGAAUAAUCAAUACUCUUCUGCAAAAAGGAGAAAAAGUAGACGUCACGACAAAUGAUAAUUACACUGCCUUGCACAUAGCAGUUGAAUCAUGCAAGCCUGCCGUGGUGGAAACUCUUCUGGGGUAUGGAGCUGACGUACAUGUUAGAGGUGGUAAGCUGAAAGAAACUGCUCUACACAUAGCAGCGAGAGUAAAAGACGGUGAGAAAUGUGCCUUGAUGUUGCUCAAGUCUGGAGCCGGGCCGAAUAUGGCUACACAUGAUGGAAAUACUCCAGUACAUGUCGCUGCCAGAUAUGGAAAUCUUCAAACGCUCCUCUUACUCCUAGAGGAUGGAGGAGAUCCGAAUUUCAAGAAUAAGAAAGGUGAGACUCCGUUGCAUUUGGCAAGUAGAGCUUGCCGCCCAGAUGUCGUCAGACACUUGAUCAAAUAUCUGAAGGAGCACAAAGGCGAAGACAAAGCAGCUGCCUACGUGAACGAAGAGAACGAAAACGACGAAAGUGCUCUUCAUUACGUGUGUACAGUGACGACUGGAGAAGUGGAAGUGCCAAAUUCCGAUAGAGAGGUAGUCAAACUCUUGUUCGAGAAUGGAGCCGACGUCAAGUUGCAAACCAAGCAACACGAAUCGGCUCUUCAUUACGUAGCUCUAGCUGGUAAUAAUGAUGUCCUGAUGGAGAUGUUAGCCAAUAUGAGUCCCACCGAUGCCCAAAAAGGACUCAACAGGCAGAAUGUUCACGGCUGGACACCCCUGUUGAUUGCCUCAAGGAAAGGUCACAUAGAAAUGGUAAACAAUCUCCUGGCAAAUCACGCAAGGGUAGACGUGUUCGACACAGAAGGCCGAUCAGCUCUACACUUGGCAGCAGAACAAGGCUAUCUACAAGUGUGCGAUUCCCUCCUCACCAACAAAGCAUUCAUCAAUUCCAAAUCAAGGAACGGCCGGACUGCUCUACACUUAGCAGCCAUGAACGGCUACAUCCACCUCGUCAAAUUCCUCAUCAAAGACCACAACGCGGUCAUCGACAUCCUGACUCUGAAGAAACAAACCCCGCUACAUCUAGCUGCAGCUUCCGGUCAGAUAGAGGUCUGCAAGCUGCUGCUGGAGCUGGGCGCAGACAUAGACGCGACCGACGAACAGGGCCAGAAGCCCAUCCACGCAGCCUGCCAAAACAAUCAUUCCGAAGUUGCCAAACUAUUUUUACAGCAGCACCCUAGCUUAGUGAUGGCCACAGCAAAAGACGGUAAUACCUGUGCGCAUAUCGCAGCCUCCCAAGGAAGCGUCACCGUGAUAGAAGAACUGAUGAAGUUUGACAGGCAAGGGGUGAUAUCCGCCCGAAACAAGCUGACGGACGCUACCCCACUGCAAAUGGCUGCCGAAGGGGGGCAUGCGGAAGUUGUGAAGGCUUUGGUGAGGGCAGGUGCUAGUGUGACAGACGAGAACAAAGCUGGAUUCACGGCGGUGCAUCUGGCUGCCCAGUACGGGCAUAUGCAAGUUCUCGAAGUGCUGCGCUCUUCUAACACUCUGCGAGUGACCAGCAAGAAGCUGGGCGUGACUCCUUUGCAUGUGGCUGCCUAUUUCGGCCAAGCUGAUACAGUGCGGGAGCUGUUGACUCAUGUACCUGGUACUGUUAAGUCUGAUUCACCAAACGGGGCUUCGUUGGUGCCCGCUCUUGGUAAUGAAUCCGGUAUGACGCCGCUUCAUCUGGCGUCCUUUUCCGGGAACGAGAACGUCGUUAGGUUACUCUUGAACUCGGCAGGAGUGCAAGUGGAUGCUGCUACACACGAGAAUGGUUAUAACCCGAUGCAUCUAGCUUGUUAUGGUGGGCAUGGUACUGUGGUAGGUUUGCUAUUGAGCAGAUCUGCUGAACUAUUAGAGAGCCACGAUAAACAUGGGAAGACCGGAUUGCAUAUUGCAGCUCAGCACGGGCAUUACCAAAUGGUCGAAGUUCUGUUAGGCCAAGGCGCCGAAAUCAACGCCCAAGACAGAAACGGCUGGACCCCACUGCAUUGCGCCGCUCGUGCCGGCUGCUUCGACGUCGUCCGACUGUUGGUGGAGUCAGGAGCGUCGCCCAAGUCGGAGACCAAUCUGGGGGCGGCGCCCAUCUGGUUCGCCGCCUCCGAGGGCCACCACGCCGUCCUCGAGUACCUCAUGACCAAGGAGCAUGAUACUUAUGCCCUUAUGGACGAUCGGAGGUUCGUGUAUAACCUGAUGGUAUGCUCCAAAAACCACAACAACAAGCCCAUCGAGGAAUUCAUCUUGGUCUCCCCAGCUCCCGUCGACACUGCUGCCAAACUCUCCAACAUCCUGAUUCUGUUGUCCAACAAAGAGAAGGAGAGAGCCAAAGAUCUGAUCGCUGCCGGCAAGUUUUGUGAGGCGAUGGCAACCGAGCUGUUAGCUUUGGCUGCCGGAGCAGAUUCGGCGGGGAAAAUUCUGACUGCAACUGACAGAAGGAGCGUGGAAUUCUUGGAUGUUUUGAUCGAGAAUGAGCAGAAGGAAGUCAUAGCACAUACUGUCGUUCAGCGAUACCUUCAGGAACUUUGGAGAGGAGCACUCAACUGGACGGCAUGGCGUACGCUCCUUCUGUUCGUGUUUUUUAUAAUCUGUCCCCCAGUCUGGAUAGCCUUCACCCUCCCAUUAGGCCACAAAUACUACAAAGUACCCAUCAUCAAAUUCAUGUCGUACCUCACGUCGCACGUCUACCUGAUGAUCUUCCUCCUCGUCGUAGGCAUCACUCCGCCAUAUCCAGUGGUCAGAAGGAACCUGUUGCCCUACUGGUACGAGUGGAUCCUCCUGGUCUGGCUGAGCGGCCUCCUCCUGUUCGAACUGACCAACCCCAGCGACAAAUCCGGCCUUGGCUGGAUCAAGAUAUCGGUGCUACUUUUCAGCAUAUUCGGGGUAGGAGUGCACCUCUUGGGCAUCCUCUUCAUAGAGAAGAUCAACUGGCCGACGCUGAUGUACUGCAGGAAUCAACUGUUCGCGCUCAGCUUCGUGCUGGCUUGCGUUCAAAUCCUCGAUUUUCUUUCGUUCCAUCAUCUGUUUGGGCCUUGGGCCAUCAUCAUUGGUAAUUUAAUGAAAGAUCUUGCUAGAUUUUUAGCGGUGCUAGCCAUAUUCGUGUUCGGAUUCUCCAUGCAGUUUGUGGCGCUCAAUCAACCGUUUCAUAAUCUGUCGAGAGAUGAGCUGGUGCGACUGAACAAGCAAGGAGUUCUGCAAAGAGGAUUCUUUGUUGAUGUGAUAAUGAGCCCCCUUUUGGCGUUCGAGCUGUUGUUUUUCGCCGUCUUCGGUCAAACCACCUACGAUGAGCUGACCGUGAAACACAGAGACCCGAAAGUGACGCCUUACCGGCCGCUAUGGACUGACAACCUCUUCAAAGUGGUUUUCGGCAUCUACAUGCUGGUGUCGGUGGUUGUGCUCAUUAACCUACUCAUUGCCAUGAUGUCGGACACAUACCAGCGCAUUCAGGCCCAAUCAGACAUCGAAUGGAAAUUUGGUCUGAGCAAACUGAUCCGUUCGAUGCACAGAACAUCCACUGCACCUUCGCCAAUCAACCUGAUAACCACUUGGUUGUUCUACUUGGUCGACGUAUGUAAAAAACGAGAAUUUCUUACAGUGAGAUCCAGGAAGCGCCAGAGCCUGGUCCACCUAAUGGGCAGCUUCCAGAAGUCCUCCCAGCUGAGCCCCAGAUCCAAGGCCGGCGCCAAGUGGCUGUCCAAGGUCAAGAAGGGCAGGCAGAUCGCUCCCAAGGAGUCGGUUGCCCUCUCCGCUGGGCAGAUGAGUCCGUUGGGCUCACAGCUCAGCUUCACCACGCAAGCCACCAGGAUCGAGCACGUGACCGAUUGGGAAGCCAUCGCGAAGAAGUACAGGGCGCUGAUGGGAGAGGUGGACGAAACUAAGGACAAGCCAAGCGACGGUAAUGAUGAAGAAGACGAAGACGAAGUGGUCCAGAAUUUUGUGCCGGUGCAAAAUUCUUCGUUUGGAUGAAUUUGCAGACGGGAAGGAUAUUAAUCGAAAUUAUUUUAUAUACUCACCUAACCCUAAGAUUGUGUUAGUUAUUGAAAAUAAUAUGUGUAUGUACUGAUGUGUAAUUGAAUGUAUAUAGUGACGUAGAAAAAUAUAAU